CACGCACAAUCCAUUGUCUCGCGUAGAGAUCCCUCGCUCCUUCACUCAUUCAUUCACUCUCUGGUGAGCUCCUUCUGCGGCUCCUUCUCCCUGGUGGCCUGCGCUGGCGGACCAUCACCGUCUCUCGGGGGCGGCCCGGUGCCGGUGAUCUUCCAGUACACUCCCCUGAUGAAGUAGUAUGUCAACUCGAUGAUCGACUGAGCCUGCAAGGAGCGACCAAGAUUGCUCUUGCUGGAAUGUUUCCGGUGUGUGCGUGUGGGUGUGGUGUGAGUGUGUCUGCGUCUAAUACAUACCGGGUAUAUGAUGAGUAUGGCGAGGACGCCGGCCUUUGUGACGAGCGACGGUGUCCAGUCCCUCCCGAGUGCGGUGAACCAGUACUCGUUGGUGGCGGGUAUGUCCAGAGGGAUGUCCAAGGCGAAGGCCGGCGACGCCAGGAACAGACACCCAAGGCCCAUCAGCAGGGGAAGCGCCACACUAGACCUGCAACAAACAACAGCAACGACACACAUUGCCAACCGACAGUCAUGCCUGUCCGUCCAUCUGUCUGUCUGUCUGUCUGUCAGCCGAUGACGUACGUGUCUUCUUCGAAAGUAGUCAACAACUCAGCAUCACCGUCGUUAUCCGGCCGCCGCUCACCAGCAGCAGCAGCGGGAGACGCCGCAGCAUCCCCUCGGGCAUCAGGAGGCGCCAUCAGCAGAUCAGACGUGCCGGACGGCUUGGCAUGUAGGCUGCUCAUGGCUGUCCGGCGCAGCAUGGCGGUGCUGCGGUGGACGGCGGGUGGUUGCUUCGCUGCAGGGGGUGUGAAGGCAUUCACGACCACUGCGGUGGCCAGCAGAGCGAGGGCGGACAGACGCAGCAUGGCUGACAAUGAAGGUGAUGCGAUGCUGUCAGAUCUGCGGCCCUCGGUCCUUCGUACGGAUCUCCCUCGAGCUCAC